CCGUCAAAACGCCGAGCAGACUAGUCGUCAGCGGUAGCCAAGAACGAGAUCACCUCUUCCUCUCCCUGGGGCCUUAUAAAACCUGCAAUCUUUCUUGUUCCAAGGCGUUUUGCCUCCUCUAAUCUUCCUCGCUAAGUUAGUCUCCACACUCUCUCUUGCUUCGCUCUCCAAGGCGUCAUUCAUCUUGGAAGAGUGAAUAUAUGAUGAUGCUGAGGAGUUCGUCGACACCAAUUCUUGGCUCCCUCCUCUCCUCUUCCUCUUCCCUUCACUUCUCCGAGAGCCCCAACAACUUCCACCCCCACAACUCUCCCAACCCCAACCUUCACACCUUAUCCUGCCACUUCUCCCCUGCCUCAGAUGGCCUUCACGACCAGAGCCCGUCCCUCGGCAUCCGGAGAAGCCGCUCCGACGGCAAUCUCCACUCCUUCCUCUCCGAGCAGUCUGACGACCCCAACCAUCAUUACCACCUCCUCCCCCCGUCCCUGAAGUGCUCCUCCGCACGACGCGCCCAUCCAGCUCUCGAGAGCAUUCCUUCAUUCUCCUUGCGCAAUCCAAACACUCUGCCAGAGGAGGAGGAGGAGGAGGAGGAGGAGGAGGAGGAAGAUGACCAAGAGUAUGACGAGCAGGGCGCGGCUGGAGGAUUUGGCUUCGCGAGCGACAAUCGAAAAGGUGGGUUGAAAUAUCCGAAUCCCGACGCCGAAAGCCCCGCGCCACCACCUUUGUUCCUCGCUAGGGGUCUCGGGAUCGACCGGGUCGGAUCCGGGUUACUGACUGCGGGCGGUGGUGAUGGUGGCAUCGGCGGCGGCCGCAGUGGUAAGUGGGAUGUUUUGACGGGCAACGGCGGAGAGCAGUCGGAUGUGGAGACGUACUACAAGAAGAUGGUGGAGGAGAACCCCAGCAAUGCUCUGUUCCUGAGGAAUUAUGCGCAGUAUCUCUACCAGGCCAAGGGAGAUCUGAAAAGAGCGGAGGAGUAUUAUUCUCGUGCUAUACUUGUGGAUCCUGGUGAUGGCGAAAUCCUGUCACAGUAUGCUAAGUUGGUGUGGGAGCUGCACCACGACGAAGAACGAGCUUGCAGCUACUUCCAACAGGCAGUUCAGGCAGCACCACAGGACAGCCAUGUUCUUGCUGCGUAUGCUGGGUUCCUGUGGGAAACAGAGGAGGAAGAUGGUGGUGGAUCGCAAGAUUUCAUGGUGGAAUCGGCUCGUAGCGGAGGAUUGGCUCCGGCAACAGCUUGAUGUGACGUUAGAUAUGGGAGGGAGGUGAGAGAAGUCUGCUCAAAAGGUGUUGUGGGAACAAAAGGGGAUUGGACUUUCGAUUCUGAUUUAUGAAAGAUUAAAGAAGGAGACUGAUGUUAGGUUAGAUUUCUGGCGUACUGUGGAUGAAAUAUCCAAUUAUAUAUACAUAUAUGUAUUGGCUUAAAAACUACAAUUUUCUACA